ACAAACAAUUUAAACAAGCGAUUUGGAUUUGGGUAUAGAAACAAUGAAGGGAAUGGAUAUUGAGGUGACAGUGCCCAGGCAUUUGAGAUGCCCCAUCUCGUUGGAGAUAAUGAAGGAUCCUGUCACUCUCUCAACCGGUAUUACUUACGACCGCCACAGCAUUGAGACCUGGUUAGAUGCCGGUAACAAUGUCUGCCCCGUCACAAGUCAGAUUCUGCAUACCCACGACACAAUUCCAAAUCACGCACUCCGCCGGUUUAUUCAGGAUUGGUGUGUGGCCAACAGUGGACGAGGAGUCGAACGGAUUUCUACGCCCAAGGCACCUCUCGAUCCCGUCCACCUCAAUGCAAUUCUCGCAGAGAUUUCGUUCGGUGAGAAGGAAUCCAUAGGGAAAUUGAGGAGAUUGGGCAUAGAAAGUGAUACGAAUAAAAAGUGCAUCGCCUCCUCAAAUGCAUCCACUGUUCUCGCAUCCCUUUUUGCCAAGCACAGCGCUGAGGCUUCGAAUCGGUCGCAACAGUCUGCAGAGAUUUGCGAAGAGGCUCUGGGAGCCCUGGUUACGACUCUGCCCUUGAAUUCCCAGGCUGUGGAUACUCUUGCCUUGUCCGAAGCCAUUGCUUGUCUUGUGUGCAAUCUCCGAGAGGGCAAUCCGGAGGGAAAGAAAAACGCUAUUACAAUUAUUCGGGAAAUGAUUUCCAAGGAUAAAUACAGAGAUAUCAUAGGAAAAAGCGAAGGAUUGGCAGAGGGGUUGGUGCAACUUCUGAGAGAGCCCAUAAGCCCAGCUGUAACAAAAGCAAGCCUGGCCAUAAUAUACAACAUUGCCCUGAGGCAAAGAUACAGGAGCAAGAUCGUGGAGGCGGGGGCUGUUCCAUUGCUGGUGGAGAUGCUUGUAGAUGGAGAUCGGAGCAUUUGUGAAAGGGCAUUGUUGGCGCUGGAUGUCCUUUGCUGUUGUACGGAAGGUCGAGCGUCUGCUUCUGCCCACGCUUUAACAGUACCAGUGGUUGUUAAGAAGAUGUUGAGAGUGUCUAAUUCAGCAACCGAAUUGGUAGUCUCUGUUUUGUGGAAUAUUUGCCAGAAUUCCUCCAACGGGGAGGCCAUCUGCGAGGCUUUGAAUGCCGGUGCCUUCGAUAAAUUGCUGUUGUUAGUGCAGAUGGGAUGCUGUGAGCAAACGAGGGAAAAAUCAAGCAAGUUACUUAAACUUUUCAACGCCUAUGCAGAUGAUUGGAAAUGUGCAGAGACACUUAAUUUGCAUCAUGUCAAGCGUUGCUUCUAAAUUAAGUAAUUUGGUGACAAGCUUCUCAUGAAGCA